GACAACGAAACCGAUCGCCUCUUCCCUGGUAGCGCAGUAUAUUGGUGCAACAUUGGGAAAUAAUAGCGAGACCAGGUAAAACAAUCAACCGAGGCAUUUUCAUCCGCUGCUUUCGGAGCGGAUUCUCAACAUGCGCGGAAACUCAUCGUUGUGUCUGUUGUUACUAUUCGCCGUUCUGACGAAAGCCUACAUGAGGUCUUGCAAGUACUGGUGCAAAAUGGGCAAUCAUCGGUACUAUUGUUGCCCGAGCGGGAAAAGUGGUGCCUCGUCGGAGCACGGCUGGCACUCGUUCCUCUUACCUUGGCUCUGGCUCGGCAUCGCCGCCGAGCCGCACGUCGAGCAACUUUGGCACGAGAUGAAGUGGAAGCCGAAGAAGCAUUGCCCGCCCUUGAGGGCUCACUGUCCCAGGACUUACGAUUGGUACAAGCCGCCUAGACACUGCGACAGCGAUCACGAGUGCGACGAGGAGGAAAAGUGUUGUUACGACGUCUGCCUGGAGCACAAGACGUGCAAAGACGCAGAAUAGACGCUCCUAACGUGUUGUCAUAUACGAUUAUUAACAAAAUUAUACAGGGUGUACUAAAACCACCGGAGGUCCUCUUAAUGACA